CAGUAGUGCAGCCCCGGCGCGGAGCAGGGAGCCUCGGCCCGCGCCCGGCGCCCUCGCCCACGACCUGCAGCCAUGGUGCUCGGGGUGCCCAGCGCUGUCCUGACCCUCUGCCUCUGGCUGGCGGCCUCCAGGGGCUGCCUGGCGGCCGGCCCCGGCGCGGCUGCUGCGCGACGGCUGGACGAGUCGCUGUCUGCCGGGAGCGUCCAGCGCGCCCGCUGCGCCUCCAGGUGCCUGAGCCUGCAGAUCACUCGCAUCUCCGCCUUCUUCCAGCACUUCCAGAACAAUGGUUCCCUGGUUUGGUGCCAGAAUCAUAAGCAAUGUUCUAAGUGCCUAGAGCCCUGCAAGGAAUCGGGGGACCUGAGGAAACACCAGUGCCAAAGCUUUUGUGAGCCUCUCUUCCCCAAGAAGAGCUACGAAUGCUUGACCAGCUGUGAGUUCCUCAAAUACAUCCUGUUAGUGAAGCAGGGGGACUGCCCGGCUCCUGAGAAAGCCAGUGGAUUUGCGGCCGCCUGUGUUGAAAGCUGCGAAGUUGACAAUGAGUGCUCUGGGGUGAAGAAAUGUUGUUCAAAUGGGUGUGGACACACCUGCCAAGUACCCAAGACUCUGUACAAAGGUGUCCCCCUGAAGCCCAGAAAAGAGUUACGAUUUACAGAACUGCCGUCUGGACAGCUGGAGGUUAAGUGGUCCUCGAAAUUCAAUAUUUCUAUUGAGCCUGUGAUCUACGUGGUACAAAGAAGAUGGAAUUAUGGAAUCCAUCCUAGCGAAGAUGAUGCCACUCAUUGGCAGACAGUGGCCCAGACCACAGAUGAGCGAGUUCAACUGACUGACAUAAGACCCAGCCGAUGGUACCAGUUUCGAGUGGCUGCUGUGAAUGUGCAUGGAACUCGAGGCUUCACUGCCCCCAGCAAACACUUCCGUUCUUCCAAAGAUCCAUCUGCCCCACCAGCGCCGGCUAACCUCCGGUUGGCCAACUCCACCAUCAACAGUGAUGGGAGUGUGACCAUCACUAUAGUUUGGGAUCUCCCUGAGGAGCCGGACAUCCCUGUGCAUCACUACAAGGUCUUUUGGAGCUGGACGGUCAGCAGUAAGUCUCUUGUCCCAACGAAGAAGAAGCGGAGAAAGACUACGGAUGGGUUUCAAAAUUCUGUGACCCUGGAGAAACUCCAGCCAGACUGUGACUAUGUUGUGGAAUUGCAAGCCAUAACAUACUGGGGACAGACACGGCUGAAGAGUGCAAAGGUGUCCCUUCACUUCACAUCCACACAUGCAACCAACAAAGAACAGCUUGUGAAAACUAGAAAAGGUGGAAUUCAAACACAACUCCCUUUUCAAAGACGACGACCCACUCGCCCGCUGGAAGUUGGAGCUCCCUUCUAUCAGGAUGGCCAACUGCAAGUUAAAGUCUACUGGAAGAAAACAGAAGAUCCUACUGUCAACCAAUAUCAUGUGCGGUGGUUUCCCGAAGUGUGUGCCCACAACAGAACAACCGGAUCAGAGGCAUCAUCUGGCAUGACCCACGAAAAUUAUAUAAUUCUUCAAGAUCUGUCAUUUUCCUGUAAGUAUAAGGUGACUGUCCAAGCAAUACGGCCAAAAGGUCACUCCAAGGCAGAGGCCAUUUUCUUCACUACUCCACCAUGCUCUGCUCUUAAGGGGAAGAGCCACAAGCCCAUUGGCUGCCCUGGCGAAGCAGGUCAUGUUCUUUCUAAGGUGCUAGCUAAGCCUGAGAACCUUUCUGCUUCAUUCAUCGUCCAGGAUGUGAACAUCACGGGUCACUUUUCUUGGAAGAUGGCCAAGGCCAAUCUCUAUCAGCCCAUGACUGGGUUUCAAGUGACUUGGGCUGAGGUCACUACGGAAAGCAGACAGAACAGCCUACCCAACAGCAUUAUUUCACAGUCCCAGAUCCUGCCUUCCGAUCACUAUGUCCUAACAGUGCCCAAUCUGAGACCGUCUACUCUUUACCGACUGGAAGUGCAAGUGCUGACCCCAGGAGGGGAGGGGCCGGCCACCAUCAAGACGUUCCGGACGCCGGAGCUCCCACCCUCUUCAGCACACAGAUCUCAUCUUAAGCAUCGUCAUCCACAUCAUUACAAGCCUUCUCCAGAAAGAUACUAAACUGUUCAAAAAGAUUUUUUGAAAUUGGACAGAUGUGUAAGCUUGUUGAACUUCGGCCACGAGACAUGCACACUUCCAGAGGCAGUGGGAACUGCUCAGAGGCCCGUACUCUCCUAUGUGACUUUAGUGCAGGAAGAACUUCUGUCAAUCACGGAUACAUCUGGAGACAAGUGAGAAACAGUAGAUUGGUGAAGACAGACACCAGUUCCCUACAAGCUUGGAGAAAAUGAAGAAUAGGCCUGUUUAAUGCUAAAUUUUGUUUUCACGUAUGGUGUCGCUCAUUUGUAUUGAAUUACAACAGAACUCAGUUUUCCCUGAAUUUGGAGUACCAAACUCUGCCCCAAAAAGGAGAGUAACAAAUACACAAUUCACACAUAACACUAAGCAUAAAUCUAAUCAAUAAAAUGUAUUUUUGACAAAAUUAUUGAUUCAAUAUGAAAAAUCAACUAAGAUUAUACA